UUUGCCAUUUCCCAUUAGAAAGAAGUAAUGGCCUUUCAUAUUUUACAAAAUGGAAAGCAAAACAUAUAUGAUUUGACCGUACAGGUUAGGGUUUAGCGCUCAAUAGACUCUUACUAUAUAUACUCACUUCUGAGUUUUACCAACGAAACCUACAGUAACAAUGUCCGACCAAAUUUUGCCUGAAAUUGUAUCCAACAUUUUAAGCCGAUGCGACGUCGCAACAAUUGGUCGCUGCAAAUGCAUUUCCAAGCAAUGGCGUGGCAUAAUCGAUAGUACCCAUUUUAUGAAACUACAGUUAGACUACGCCUCCAACAUCAACUCUGCUGCCGUGUUCUUCAAGGACCUGUUCGACGAAACCCUGUUUCAAGCACCCAUGCGCAAUCUGGAUAUGCGCUCUGUGCAAACUAUUUCUCAGGUUAAGCCAUUUUCCUUGGUUGGGUCUUGCAAUGGUUUGCUUUUGUUACAUAAGAAUCAAACCCAAGAUUUUUGCAUUAUGAACCCUCUUACUAAGAAACAUGUCUACCUUCCAUAUUUACUUCCUUCUUCUUUUCUGGGGACUGGUCGUAAUAAUGAUGCCUGUGGUAAUGCCUUAGGAUAUGGUUUUGGGUAUGACUGUGUUAAUGAUGACUAUAAGGUUGUUAGGUUUGUGCAAGAGCUUGAUCAUGCUAAAACGGGUUUCUUAAGAACUGAGAUGACUGUCACUUGUGUUAAGAAAAGAGCAACCAUACUUGAUCAAAUACCUUACUUUAUGAACCCAUCGGCUAAUGGUUUUUUUGCUGGUGGUACUCUGCAUUGGCUAAUGGCUAAAUAUAAUCAUGACAAUGUGCAUCUAAUUGUGGGUUAUGAUCUUGCCACAAAUAAAAUCCGAGAGCUGCCACUGCCCGAUUUAAAGGGUGAACGUAAGGAUCUUAAGUUUGAGGGUAGUACCACAAUUGGCUGUAGAGUUGGUUUGGGUCUAUUACGAACAUGGUUAUCCAUAUCUACUAACUAUGGAAACGGUAUGACUGUUGGUUUAUGGGCUAUGAAAGAAUAUGGUGUUGAGGAGUCCUGGACGAAGCUAUUUUCGUUUUCCCUUGCUCGCAUGUCAUGUGGAUUGGUUAGGCCUUUGGGUUUAUCAGAAAAUGACAACAUAGUUUUACUUGAAUUGGAUUGGAAACGACUUGUCUGGUACGACCGAAAGGCAAAAGAUGUUACAAAUCUAGUGCACAAGGCUCUAGGAGGAGCUAUGGUUUGUUUCAGAACUAUCGCUCCCCUUCCAUCUGCUGAAAAUGGACCAACGGACGAAAAAAAUCAAUUUUCUCAAGAUCAGAACAGGCCAACAAGGAAGAAGAAGAGGGAUGAGUUCUUGUCAAAAGGUUUCAAGCUUAAACUAUAGUGUAUUAAGGUCAUGGAUGGUAAACAGGGUUUCCACUUGUGAGAUGAGACUAUUGAUGCUGGAACAGAAGAAAUUAGGACAACUUUUGUUUUGUGAGGGCUAAGAAAGUGGCAUGAGAUUUCGGAAUAGUGAUCCUUAUUUAAGACUGUUAGACAUGGUAAGAUUUAGCAAUCUGAACUUUUAGGCUAUUUACUAACCAACUUACUUAUUAUUAUAUGUUAAUUAUUAGACAUUAUUCUCUUCUACCCGUCAAUUUAUAUGUUUUUGAUUGGUGA